AAUUAUUUUUUCCCAUUUUCGUGGCUGUGUGUGGAAGAUGCUGAGAGUGGGAGCAAAGAGGGUUUUGGAAACGACGUCGUUGGGAGUUAGGGUUCCGGCGAGGUUGUACCACGAGAGGGUUGUGGAUCACUACAACAAUCCCCGAAACGUUGGGUCGUUCGACAAGAACGACCCUAGCGUGGGGACGGGUCUGGUGGGGGCGCCGGCGUGCGGCGAUGUCAUGAAGCUCCAGAUUAAGGUCGACGAAGAGACCGGAAAAAUCGUCGAUGCACGCUUCAAGACUUUCGGGUGUGGCUCCGCCAUUGCUUCUUCCUCCGUCGCUACCGAGUGGGUGAAGGGAAAGCAAAUGGAGGAAGUUCUGUCUAUAAAAAAUACUGAAAUUGCAAAGCAUCUUUCACUUCCACCAGUUAAGCUCCACUGCAGCAUGCUUGCUGAAGAUGCCAUUAAAGCUGCCGUUAAAGACUAUGAAGCUAAGCGUGCCAAGGCAACUGCUGGUGGCGAGAAACUUGCCACUGCAUGAUUUCUUUCAUGUAUAGAAUGAUGAUGAAAAUCUUUCGUUUGGUUUUUGUUAUUAUGUUAAUCAGUUGCUCAUCAGAGAACACCUGCACUUGGUUGGAGCUAGUCUGCUAGAGAGUAUUCUCAUUAUUUGAAGUAAAAAUUUGAAACGCGGGCUUAUGGUUUGUUUUCUGCUUGGUUUGUAUUAGUCGGACUAGUCAAUUAUUAACUCUGUACGCAUACAAUAAAGCUGAUUGGAACGUUUGGAAGCUCCAAAAUACAGUUAAAGUGCAUAGCGUGAUACUUUUGUGUUUCGCAAA